UCCUGCAAACUCUAAAAACCCUAAACGCUGCAUUUAUCAGUCAUUGUUGGAGCUUGGGAGCUACAACCACAUUCUCCUACAUUCCAAGACAAUGAGACCCCCGAGAGGUGGCGGAAGAGGAGGCGGUUUUCGAGGUGGCCGUGACGGAGGAGGACGAGGCAGAGGCGGAGGCGGAAGAGGUUUUGGCGGCCGUGGUGGCGGCGGGUUUCGUGACGAAGGUCCUCCCACUGAAGUCGUAGAGGUUUCAACAUUUAUGCAUGCUUGUGAGGGUGAUGCAGUGACAAAACUAACGAACGAGAAGAUUCCCUUUUUUAAUGCUCCUAUAUACUUGCAAAACAUGACUCAGAUUGGGAAAGUUGAUGAAAUAUUUGGCCCCAUUAAUGAAUCUUACUUUUCAAUCAAAAUGAUGGAAGGGAUUGUUGCUACUUCGUAUGCAGCUGGUGACAAGUUUUACAUUGACCCGAGGAAACUUUUGCCUCUUGCAAGAUUUCUCCCACAGCCAAAGGGGCAAUCACAGGGUGGUAGAGGUGGAGGUGGAGGAGGUCGUGGUGGAGGCAGAGGCGGUGGCUUUCGUGGAGGUGGUGGCUUUCGUGGAAGGGGUGGCCCAAGGGGUGGUGGUAGAGGUGGACCUCCUAGGGGAAGAGGUGGUUUCAGGGGAAGGGGAGGUAGAUUUUAGACGAAUAUUGUAUUAUGUUACUAAUUUUGUAUUAUGUUUUUAUUCUUGUGCUUCAAUCAUUUUGCUCUGGAGAAACAUUAAAUUGACCAAAUGUUUUGUUAUGGAUUAAGUGGUUCCAUUGCAUUCUGAUUUUCAAAA